AUGUCGGUGCAGCAAAAGGCUGGAGCUCUCAGGCAAAAGAUCGAUGAUCUCCUCGUGGAGGGAGUUAACAUCGCCGUCCCAAUUCUCAAGGUCGUCAAUGCUACGGCUGAUUGGUGUCCCCCUCUAAAGAUGGCGACUGGCGCUGCACUCUCCAUCCUUGACGAGGUUAAGAAGUUCAAGGACAACAAGCAGGAAUGGUCUGGUUUUGGGAAAUACGUGGUCGACACUGUGGCCGAGGUGGUUUCAGCUAUAAAAUCCUAUGAUGCGUCGGCGGAAGAGGCAAAGCCGUGGGUGGAGAGUGUCACAAAGCUCGACGGGCACGCGCUACAGAAAAUUAAGUCCGAAAUCGAACGAAGACUGAAAAAAGUAGAGAAGCGACCGGCUGUCCUAAAUGUUGUGUCCUACUUGAGAGACCCAGGAAGAAUUGAUGGCCUCAAGAAAGACUUUGACAAAGCAUUGGUGUCGUUUCAGCUUAGGACGAAUCUAAUCGGUGGUGCCAAAUUAGCGGCCAUAGAACGUCGUCUACAGGACGACAAGAUCCUCGAUAGUCUCCAAUACCCUCAUAUCGCCCAUGACGAUUUCACUCAUGCGUGCCUGGAAGGGACUAGGAUUGAUCUCACGGAGCUAGCAGGACGAUGUGCGAGUGAAGGGGACGUUACGCUCUUACUGCACUUCUUCUUCAAAGCGGGAGAGCGGUCGCGGCCCGAUUUUCUAUUCAGUGGUAUAGCUCGAACUCUAGCAGACCACGACCCGGUUUACCGUACUUUCAUCAUCUCUGCACUUCGAAAAGACCCUUCACUCUCAACGGCCCUACUCGCAACACAAUUUGAGAAUUUGGUGGCUUUGCCUCUCCUACAUAAACCUCCACCUCCCGACCGUCCCAUGGUGGUCAUCAUCGAUGCUUUGGAUGAAUGUGACAAGGAAGUGUUCGAGUCCUUUGCCGAUAUUCUUCGGGAGGAAGUGCCCAAGCUACCAUCUUCCAUCAAAUUCUUUAUCACAUCGAGACAUACUGAUCUUGUUAGACGCUCCCUCUCACCCCAAUUUCCUAUCAGUCGUCUUGCUAUUGACCUUUCGGAUAACACAAAUGUGCAGGACUGUGCUACAUACAUACGUUUCGAGCUGCAAAAGCUGAAGAAUUGGCAUCCCGAUUUACGGCAUUAUCUUCAAGACGAGGAUAAAACAGUUCAGGAGAUCUUAGAACGUGCGAGUGGCUUGUUUAUUUGGAUCAGCACGAUCUUUCGCUACAUGAGGACAGCCAACAAGGAUCCGAUGAGGACGUUAGAGGGCUUGCUCAACACUGGCACGAAACGAUCAAAGGUCCCUGCCGAGGGAAUGAUGGACCGCUUAUAUACAAGCAUUCUGAAGAAGUGCGAUUGGGAGGAUGAAGAUUUUUCCCAUGACUACCCAAUCGUGAUGGGAGCAAUCUUUAUCGCACAGCGACCUCUGUCUAUCACAGCCUGGGAUGCAAUUUUGUCACCUUUCCUUAAGUCUCCCGUUCGAUAUUCGUUGGCUGAACUUGCCCCUCUACUCUCAGGAGUUGAGGAUUCUCACUUUCCAGUUCGCAUCUUGCACCAAUCUUUCCGCGACUUCAUUGUCGAUCGGAUCGUUCCCCUAUCAAUCAACCCUUGUUGCAUCCCAGUAGAUGUAGGGACGGAGAAUGCGAGAGUUGCCCUGCGAUGUAUCGAGAUUCUGAAUCAGGAUCUUUGCUCUGUGAAGGGCUUGGGACUGAUUGAAAACUUGCCCGAAAAAGGCGAGCUGCCGCUCAUUCCCUUGGAGGAGUCAUCCGAGCACUCUCAUUAUGCAUGUCGCUAUAUUGUCCAUCACCUCAGUGGAGUCCAGGAACCAUCACCGGAGCUUGAUGAAUCAGUUGGCGUGUUUCUCAGUGAGCAAGCAACUCGCUGGGUGGAAGCCUGCGUGAGAAUGGAGGGCUACAUUAACAUCUCGUUGCUCCCUGAGUGGGCCAAGUUGGCUGUUGGCCACAGGUCAAAAGGUGCUGUCCGCGUGCUGGCCAGCAUGCUUGUCCAGCUUGUACGGAAUUUGAAUUUUUUUUCAAGAUUCCAGGAGGCAUAUGAGGCGGCAACUGAUUCCGUUGCACUUUGCCGUUACCUUGUUUCUGUGGACUCAGGGUCCUACUCCCCGGAUUUGGCCACGUCACUCAACAAUCUAUAUUUAGCUCUUUCCAAACUCGGACGGCACUCAGAGGCACUCCCAUUCAUUGAAGAAAUUUGGCCAUGUCACUCAACAAUCUAUAUUUGCUCUUUCAAUCUCGGACGGCACUCGGAGGCACUCCCAUUCAUUGAAGAAAGUGUCAGACUCCGACGCCAGCUAGUUGCAGUUCAUCCGGGAUCAUACACCCCAGAUUUGGCUAUCUCACUCAACAAUCUACAUUCUGCUCUUUCCAAACUCGGACGGCACUCGGAGGCACUCCCAUUCAUCGAAGAAAGCAUUUGGCCAUGUCACUCAACAAUCUAUAUUUCUCUUUUCAAUCUCGGACGGCACUCGGAGGCACUCCCAUUCAUUGAAGAAAGUAUUUGGCCAUGUCACUCAACAAUCUAUAUUUGCUCUUUUCAACUCGGACGGCACUCGGAGGCACUCCCAUUCAUUGAAGAAAGUGUCAGACUCCGACGCCAGCUAGUUGCAGUUCAUCCGGGAUCAUACACCCCAGAUUUGGCUAUCUCACUCAACAAUCUAUAUUCUGCUCUUUCCAAACUCGGACGGCACUCGGAGGCACUCCCAUUCAUUGAAGAAAGUGUCAGACUCCGACGCCAGCUAGUCGCAGUUCAUCCGGGAUCAUACACCCCAGAUUUGGCCAUGUCACUCAACAAUCUAUAUUCUGCUCUUUCCGGACUCGGACGGCACUCGGAGGCACUCCCAUUCAUUGAAGAAAGUGUCAGACUCCAACGCCAGCUAGUUGCAGUUCAUCCGGGAUCAUACACCCCAGAUUUGGCCAUGUCACUCAACAAUCUAUAUUCUGCUCUUUUCAAUCUCGGACGGCACUCGGAGGCACUCCCAUUCAUUGAAGAAAGUGUCAGCCUCUACGCCAGCUGUUGCAGUUCAUCCGGGAUCAUACACCCCAAUUUGGCCACGUCACUCAACAAUCUAUAUUUUGCUCUUUCCAAACUCGGACGGCACUCGGAGGCACUCCCAUUCAUUGAAGAAAGUGUCAGACUCCGACGCCAGCUAGUUGCAGUUCAUCCGGGAUCAUACACCCCAGAUUUGGCCACGUCACUCAACAAUCUAUAUUUAGCUCUUUCCAACUCGGACGGCACUCGGAGGCACUCCCAUUCAUUGAAGAAAGUAUUUGGCCAUGUCACUCAACAAUCUAUAUUCUGCUCUUUCCGACUCGGACGGCACUCGGAGGCACUCCCAUUCAUCGAAGAAAGUGUCAGACUCCAACGCCAGCUAGUCACAGUUCAUCCGGGAUCAUACACCCCAAAUUUGGCCACGUCACUCAACAAUCUAUAUUUUGCUCUUUCCAAACUCGGACGGCACUCGGAGGCACUCCCAUUCAUUGAAGAAAGCGUGAAACUCAGGCGCCAGCUGGUUGAAAUCAACCCAGGAGCGUACACCCCACAACUGGCCAAUUCACUCAGGAAUCUUCGCAACGCUCUUUCGAGUCUCGGACGUCAUUCCGAGGCACAGAUGGUUCACAGUUGA